AUGUCCGGAAGGAAAGAGACGGUCUUGGAUUUGGCAAAGUUUGUGGACAAAGGUGUUCAAGUCAAGCUCACUGGUGGUAGACAAGUUACUGGGACACUAAAAGGCUACGAUCAGUUGUUAAAUCUCGUGCUGGAUGAAGCUCGAGAGUUUCUACGAGACCCUGAGGACCCAAUGAAGACCACUGACCAAACUAGGCAACUUGGACUAAUUGUGUGCAGAGGAACUGCUGUAAUGCUGGUAUCACCCACCGACGGUACUGAUGAGAUUGCUAACCCUUUCGUCCAGCCAGAUGGUGCAUAG